CCCUCCGCGAGCUCGACCGCGCCGGGUCCAGCUCUUGGCCGCACGAGCUCCUGCACCGCACCGCCGCCCUCCCGCCGACGUCAUCCCCUCGCCUUCGUACAGCAGCCAGCAUGGCGUACAACAACCUCUCCAAGUACCACGAGGACUCGGACGCCGACGACGAGUUUGAGCGCAGCGGCUGGCAGCAGCGCGACCAGAUCCCCGUCGAGUACGAGAGCUCGCCCACCAGCUCCGGCCCGCUGAGCACCGAGCACACCCCGACCACCUUCACCCACAGCAGGGACAGCCGCAUCAGCCCCACCGGCCUGAUUGUCGACUGGAGCGCCGAGCAGGUUGCCGACUACAUCUCCGCCCUCGGCCUCGAGCAGUAUGCAGACACGUUUGUUGACGAGGGCAUCACCGGCGAUGUGCUGGUUUCGCUGCAGCAUGCCGAGCUCAAGGAGAUGGGCGUGGGCAGCGUCGGCCACCGUCUGUCCAUACUCAAGGCCGUGUACGAGAUCAAGGUCAGGCAGAACGUGCCCAUAGAGCCGGACGACUAUGUUCCGCUGUCCGCCGACACAUCAGCACAGGAAGCACCGCCCACACAAGACGACUUCGCCAAGGUCAUUCGCGUCGUCCAGGCGCGGGACGAGCGGAUACACACAGCGGAAUCAGAGCUACGGCAUCUGCGCGAAGAUCUCAGCCGGGUCAUAGACGAGAACAAGCGGUUACGAGAAGAGAUCCUGCCCAUCGUGCGCAUGCUGAAGGAGCAGCAACAAACGCUCCCCACACUACCCACAACACACGAACACGUUACAUCGCCGCCGGCCACCCAAGACAAUAGGACCGGUAGCAGUCUGUCCCGUAAGUUCUCCACCAAGAAGCUUUUCCUAGGGUCAGCCCCAAAGAAUCCUUCUCCAACCAUCCAAGAGCACCGUGCGCUCGUCGACCACUCUUCGUUGGACCCCUCAGCAGCAGCAGUCGCAGCAUCCUCACACCUCACAGCAUCGCUGGGCGCAGGCGCGCAAAUGUCCCCCAACUCCAUUACCCAGCCCUCGCCCACCUCCCCCGCAUACACCCAAGGCCGCACCCAGUACGCUCGUCCCGAGAUACCACGGAGCCACCAGGACCACGACAACAACACACAAAGCUGGCCGUACUCAGACCAAGUGGCCGCCAACCGCGACCCCCGCGCAACGCCUGGCCUUCCGACUGGCCGAUCGAUGGGACGCUCCGCUCCCACACCCACGCCCGACGAUCGAGACCGAGACCCUCCGCUGUCUGGCGGCUCCAGCACGAACAACCUACAGCCAUCCUCAAGCUCCCAACAGGCACCGUCGUCGAACCCGCAAGUCGAAAUCUUCAAAUCCUUCCGCGUAUCGAUCGACGACCCCUGCCACAAAGUCCUUCCUGUGGCACUCAAGAAAUACAACAUCACAGCAGACUGGCGGCAGUACGCGCUGUACAUUGUACACGGAGACCAGGAGCGUUGCCUGGGUCUGAAUGAGCGACCUCUGAUUUUGUUCAAGCAGCUAGACAAGGAAGGGCGAAAGCCCAUGUUCAUGCUGCGAAAGCACGCUGCGCCAGAACAAGGUCACGUCAGCACUGUUGGCGGGAAUGACGUUCGAGCUGUACCUCCAAACAGCGGAUUCGGGUGGGAUAGCCAGAAUCGCGGGACGCCGCUGCCUGGCGGUGUACUAUAAGGCACGGCGAUUAGCAAUGGUGCCAUCACACAGCGCAAAGAUUCGCACAUCUUGGGACUAUUGGCGUGUCCUUACGCACGGAGUACGGCGCUGCCUGCAAAAUCAUUUACCUGGCGUUUGGGACUUGCUUCGCUUCGACAUCAUUACG